CAGGAACAACAUAGCAGCUGCCAAGCUCGCCAAUCUCGAAAAGCACCUCGGGCUGGUGUCAACAGAAUACCAAACAUCCGUCAGCAUUCUCUUCGUUGGACUACUAGAUACUUGUUAAUGCAGAUUCCCUCCAAUUUGUUUCUAAAUAAGAUCGGAAAGCCUGCAUUAUAUCUCCCAACAUGCAUGAUUGUAUGGGGGGUAAUUUCCGCGGCCACUGCCGGAGUUCACAACUUUAGCGGCCUCAUAGCUGUUCGGUUUUUUCUCGGUUUUGUUGAAGCGGCGUAUUUUCCUGGAUGUCUGUACUACCUAAGUUGUUGGUAUACUCGCAAGGAGCUGGGGUUACGUACAGCCAUGCUAUACUCUGGUGCACUCAUCUCAGGAGCAUUUUCUGGUCUUAUCUCCGCGGGAAUCACGGCCAAUAUGGAUGGUGCUAGAGGCAUCGCUGCCUGGCAAUGGUUGUUCAUUAUCGAGGGUGUCGCUACUGUUGGUAUAGCGUUCGUCGCCUAUUUUAUCCUACCCAAUUUUCCCCGAACGACCGCUUGGCUCAGUGAGGAGGAACGAGCUCUCGCAAUAUGGAGAUUGGAGGAAGAUAUCGGAGAGGAUGACUGGAUUGAUAGCGAGCACCAGACAUUUUGGCACGGUGCCAAGCAGGCUUUUAGUGACAUCAAGACAUAUGUUCUGAUGGUCCUCCUUUUUUGUAUAGUGGCAAGUGGGACGGUUACCAACUUCUUCCCCACGGUAGUAGCUACCUUGGGCUACAACAGCGUCCAAUCCCUCCUCUUAACAGCACCACCCUAUGUACUUUGCGUCAUCACUUCAUUUGCAAACGCAUGGCACGCCGAUCGAACAGGCGAGCGUUAUUGGCACAUCAUUUGUCCGCUAAUCCUCAACAUGGUUGCCAAUAUCAUCGCUGCGACAACGACAUCACUCGCUCCUCGGUAUUUGAGUAUGAUGCUCAUGGUGCCCGGCGUAUAUACAGGCUAUGUUGUGGCACUAGCCUGGAUCAGUAAUACUCUGCCUCGACCGCCCGCCAAACGAGCGGCUGGCCUGGCUUUCAUCAAUGCUAUUUCCAAUACCAGCUCGAUCUACGCGUCUUACAUGUACCCAAAUUCGGCUGGUCCCCGGUACGUUGUCGCGAUGUCGGUCAACUGUUGCACGUCGUUCGUUGCCAUUUGUGCUGCCACGGUCUUGCGGUUCAUGCUCGUGAGGUUGAACAAGAAACUUGAUCGCGGUGUCCAUGUCGAAGGGGCUAUCAAUUCAUUGCCUGGAGAAGCUGGGCAGCAUGGGUUUAGGUUUAAACUCUAGUGAGGUCUGGUACAUAGUUCAUUUCGCUUAUGUAGUUGGAGUUUAUUCAUUUUACCUUCACCCAAUGCCACCAGUAUAACGCUCUGCGGAAUCAUUGAAUAUUUAGAACUAACAGCACAUGCAUUGCAUCUUGGUAUGUAUCCGAAAUCAAACAUCC